UAAGACAUGUUCCUGGAUCAACAUCUUUCGAUGAUCCUGGAUCAACAUUAAUGUCCAAGAAUAUAUAAAUAACCUAAUUCCUACCCCUAAACCUAACCCUACCAAUAAUGUAUUCCUAAAAUCAGUGGGAAAUGAUAGCUGAUUAACAAGAGUGUAGACGCACCUUACCCUGAUUGUAAGCCUAAAACAGAUAUUUCCUGAAAAGUUAAAUCUCUAUUCUGAUUGGAUGGUUGGAAUGUUGCUCCAGGAUCAACAAGGAUGUUGAUCCAGGAGCAUGCUGUACUUUGUGAAAUCACGUUCACUGAAGCAUGUACAUUUUCUACCUCCCUUUUCUUUGUCAUGCACACUUUUAUUUGUCAGUGAACCUUUCAUCAGGGGAACAGGCAUCUGAAUGCAGUUCACAGCAGUCCGGAGUUCCUGAUCUCAUUGCUCUAGAUGUUGAAGCACAUAACAAGAGAGUGCUUCAUACUCUCAGAAAGAUUUUGAGUGAUGAAUCAACCCCUGAGGACUUUGACGCUGCAGUUGAGGUGUUGAAAACAUUGAGCAAACUGAAUAACAACUUCUCUCAAGGUUGGAUUUGUAAGUACUUUCAGGAAAUUGAUCAGUUUGUGGAGAACCACUUUCCCAUGCUGCCAGCAGAGGGACCACAAGGAUCUCAGUUGGAGAAGUUAAAAGACUUUCAAAAGAGAACACAUAGCAAGAUAUAUGAUGAGGUGCUUCGAUUAACACCUGCACUGAAAGAUGCUGGCCUGCUAGAUCACCUGAAGGACAGUUACAGCCGCCAAAUCUUUACCAACCUGGACCUGCUGCUAAACAGAGAUCUGUCUGAAAACGAGAUCUUCUGCCUUCUACUGUGGGGAAAAGAUGUUUUCUUCAGUUCAGACUCACAGUAUUUCUUCAGAGUGCACGACCCUCUGCUGUUGACUGGAUGGUUUCAGAAAGCAACAGAGAAACUGCUGCCGAAUCUGCAGAAUUACAUCCGCACGACUCUUCAGAACAUCCUGGACUAUGAUGAGCAACAUAGACAUAAUGGAGAGUCAAUGGAUGAAGAAACGUUCAUCAGAGUUCACUUAGAUGUCACUAAAUGUCUGAAUUAUGUUAUUCAGAGUUUUCAGGAAUUUAGUCACACGCUGAUGUGUGCGGUACAAACGCUCUGCCUUCAAGAGCUUCAUCAUUUUGUUCAGGUGUAUGUGCAGGCAGAGAAAAAACGCCUGGAAAAACAACAACCCCUGAAGAAAAAUUCUGUGCAUCUGUUUCGGCUCAUCAGCACCUGUAGGCAACUCAGAUUUCUUGCUCCUCAACUCAACAAUCCAGAUAUAAACAACAACGAUGACUUCUCAAACAUUAUCCACAUGUUAGAGGAGAUGGAGGAUCACGUUCUGUCUAUUGUACAGAAGAUGAUAAAACAUGCUGCACAGGCCUUUUUAAGACAUUAUUUUAAAAAAGGAGGUGAGCAAAUUCAAGGGCUGAUAGAGGCAAUCCAAAAGCAAUGUGCAUCUCUGCCUCAGACUGAUGUGGGAAAAGAGAUUCAGCAGAUCUUUGUGAAUGUAUCCUAUGACUGUGUUUCACGCAUGUAUCUGGAUUGCCUGAUAAAGAGCAAGUUCAGCCGGCUAAAGAGGAGAUGGGGAAAUGUUGGAGAAAGGAUAAGCGAGGACAUUCUCAGUUUACACAACAAAUUCACUGAACUGAAUGUCAGUGCUGACCAGCAGAACCAUCUCCUUCAGAGACUCAGUGAAGUUUUGCUUCACGGUGAUGUAGAUGCACUGAAGAUUACUUGUUGUGCUUUCUUCAGAGAUUUCCCUCAGGAGAGUGAGCAGUAUGUACCUGGUCUGCUGCGCUGGAAGGGUGUGUUUUCAGAGCGACAGGUGAGGGAAGUGCUGGAUGUGAGCCGAGAGUUCAGCCUCGAUCUGAAGCCUAGACUCGUCACCUGUCAGCCUCUGAAGGGACUUUUCUGUUGUCUUUGAUAUGAAUAUCAGCGAGAAUUGUACAAAUUUUGGUUACAAGUUUAAUUCAAUGGCAUGACUGUUUCGUAACAUUUGGUUAUGAAUGUUAGUUGUUUAUACAGG